AUGGGCAACCAGCACUCCGCCUCACACUACGUCCACAAGCCCAGCAAGAACGUGCGCUGGAAGACCGCAGGACGACCUGCAACGCCAGGGAAGCCGGAUAUAAUACCGAUUCUGUCACCGGAUGAGGAGCCAAACUCGAUCACGCUGCGCUGGGCGCCGGCGGCUCACGAUGGAGGCGCGCCCUUGCUCGGCUACCAGGUGGAGUGCAACAGGCUCGGGGCUCCGGACUGGAUCCGCACAGCGCCGCCGGUAGUGCUGCGGCCCGAGCUCGUGUUAACCGGGCUCGAGCCGCCCCACCGGUACCAGUUCCGAGUCGCAGCGCUCAAUGCAGUCGGACGCUCCGAUUACAGCGACCUCUCCGACGUGCUCACGGUCAGCUCUGACCGCCUUCCUCAUGAACCGCCAAUAUUUCUCCAACAUCUGGAAGAUUUAACCGUACUGGAAAAUGAUAAAACAGAAUUCCGUGUCGCUUUCACGGGUAUGCCACCGCCCACAAUAGCAUGGUUCAAGGAUGAUUAUGAAAUAUUUAGUAGCAGAAGGACGGCGAUCACUACAAGCGAAUCGACUAGUGUUCUUGUGUUCCACCAAACAUUGCCGAGCGACGAAGGAGAAAUAAAAUGCACGGUAACAAAUCGCAGCGGACAUGCAGUCACUAAAGCUCGAUUAUCCUUAGAAGCUGCUCCGAAGUUACGCUACCCUCGUCAAUACGAGGACGGCUUGUUAUACGAAAUUAACGAAACCGUUUUCCUAAAGACUACGAUUGUUGGAAAACCGACACCAACUGUAGAAUGGCGACACGAUGGCCAGCCUAUAGUGGUAAACGAUCGCGUGGAGAUUUCGAAUACAUCGAAAUUUUCAGUUCUCAAAAUCCACUCAGCACGAAGAAGCGACCGUGGCGAAUAUCAAAUCCACGCGAAAAACAGAAUCGGAGAAGACACUGCUGCCUUCUUAGUGACGAUCACAGCUCCACCAGACCCUCCGCAGCAUGUCUCUGUGGCAAGACAGGUAGACAAGUCCGUCACUCUUGACUGGGAGCCGCCCGAGGAUGAUGGUGGGUGUCGCAUUGGCAACUACGUAGUAGAGUAUUACAGGAACGGCUGGAACGUGUGGCUGAAGGCAACUACCAGUCGUAAAACAAACGUAACUUUGUUCGAUCUCAUCGAAGGAAGUGAAUACCGUUUUCGAGUAAAAGCAGAAAGUCCAUAUGGAAUGAGCGCGCCUAGUGUGGAGUCCGCACCGGUGAAGAUACCUGGGCGACCAGUCGACAUGGAGUUCCUGGCAGUAGAGUCAAAGAUAAUAAACGAAGUGCUUACUCGAGAAGACGGCGGCGGCGACGCGCGUGUGUCUCCAGCACCGCGCCGCAAGCGCGCACAGACCGCGCCCGCGGAGCCGCAGCCGCCACAUCGGAUGCCGCGGCGCUCGCCAGCCAGGAACCAGUCCGGCGGCAGCAACGAGUUUAUGCUAGUACUCUACCCGGAUUCACAAAAACAGAUGGAAAAAUCCGAAAAAAGGCAAUCCUUUCAACUGGAUCUUGAUGCGCUGUCACCGCCUCCACUCUCGUUCUCCGCACCGGAGCUGAGCUCACGAUGCAUGAUGCCGUUCAAAUCACUACGCAAUGCUGUAAGCUCAUCACAGCUGCUGCAUGAACUAGCCAUGGCUCGAGUUCACAAAGCCGUGGCAAUGAAAGAAGAACAAACUAAAAACAAAGACGACAAACCCCCUAAUCACAAAACUGACAUUCCGUAUAAUACUAGCUAUGAUCACGACCAAGAUAAAAAUAACCGGGAUUUGCCAAAAUCGCACGAAGACUUUUCUGAAACAAAAUGUAAGAACCCAGAAAUAAUAAUCAAAACGGAAUCUGUUGACUCCAGUGACAACAAAUAUAGCCCACGUCAAGUAUCUCUGGAUUCAGAAAUAUCUGAAAAUAAAUGGCAACACAUGUCUUUUGAUGAAGACUAUACUGCUAGCACCGUCUCCUCAGAUGGAGAGUAUUCAGAAGAUGGAAGCCUUGAUGGUGAUAUAGAUAGACGAAGCCAAUAUUCCAACGAAGAGGAAACAUAUAACCCAAGAGAUAAAAUGGCCCGUCCUUCCCCUUCGAAAGAAUUUAUUGAAGAAGAGGAAGAAGAGAUUUCUGAACACGAACCGGUGAAACUUUUACCUUUACCCGAUCCUAAUUUUGUACCAAAACCUAUAUUAAAAAAGAGAGAGCCAGACAUAAUAGAAACAAAAGCAGUUCUUGAGGUUCCGAAGAUGGAAGGCAAACGAAAAAUAACGGAGAAACCUAAAGUAACAGAAAAACCUAAAAUGGUAGAAAAACCUAUAACCUCAGAGAAAUUAAAAUCUGAAAGUAAAGUAAAAUCAGCGGAAAAUUCGAAAGAAAUAGAAAAACCAAAGCGGGAUGAAAAAAUUACUAUAUUUAAAAAAAUUACCAAGACGAAAUUUCCCAAACUACUUCACAAAAAGGAACCAGAGAAACCCAAAGAAGAAAUCAUGACCAACGAUAAAGGUAAAAUUAGUAGCAAAACAGAAAACGUAUCUGACAAAGUAAGUGAAGAAGGAAGGACAGUAAUUGAUUAUUAUGGUAACAUAGUUAAGGAAUAUGGCAGUCAUAAGAAGUCAUCCACUCCUAUGUAUCUCAAAACAGAAGACUUGAAAGCUGUGGCUGAAAAACAACAGCUUGAAAUCCAACCUGAAAAUGGCGAAGAAAAUAAAGUAACUAAAACGAAAAAAGUAAUAAAUAAAACAAAUAACAGUAAAGUUACAGCGGGGAAGGGAAAGCCUGCCAGUUCUAAUAAUAAUAAUAAGCCAGUGAAGACAAAACUAACGCCCACUGCAGAGAAAAAACAAACAGAAAAGAAACCUAAACCAACAGUUUCCACUACAGCAGAAAAUAAUAUCUCUCCGUCUGCAUCCACAACACAACAAGUCGUGCUAAGGAAAGCAGAACGAGCAACUAUUGUAAUACCAAUAAAUUAUCAAGAGCUUGAAAAGAAAGCUAAGAUGAACGUGAGAUCAGCGAUUGACUAUACAGUGGAUGUUUGCCUUCUUCUGCUAGCUUUUUGGGUGUACUUCUUUAAAGACGAGAGGCUUGCCAUUCCCUUCCUCAUUCUUAUAAUAUACCGGCAGUUACAAGAAACACUCUUGCUGAAUAUUCCCGAGUGGUAUGAACGUCACACUCCCAGCUGGCUCAAGAAGAAAACUUCUUGA